CAACGAAACUGCAUGAGUAAGUGUCAGAGGCACUCAGUACAGUUACUGACGGCCCGUACCGUGAACGAUCCGCCGUCGUCGACCGCUGUCGUCGUGUUCGUCGUGCCGAGCAUUCGAGGGUUCUACCAUGCGUUACUCCUGAUAAACGUAACCGACACGGUUUAGUAAGUGGCGGCUAUUCUUUCUCUUUCUUUAUUUGUUUCUCAGCUCGCUCAGCUUCUUCCCUUCUUCUCGCGAUUGUUACUCGAAGAGAGGAGAAAUAAAAACAGUCCCUCGAGUGUCGUAGUCGCGAUCGAUCGAUCGUACAGCCGCGUGAUAACGAUCCUCGGCGAGAUGCAGCCGAUCAGAUGCCGAUCGCCACGAAUUUCGAUCGACUGACGAUCAAGGAACAUUAGGUUCGAGAGGAGUUUCAUCUUCAUUCGCGCAACGGCUCGGUGGAAGACUAGAAUUUCGGAGUAAGAUUCUACCGACACAGUGGUUUGGACAGCGUGAUCGACGUUUCUCGAGGAUCUCGCGCGUGGUACCGCCGGAAGUCUGCAGCAUGUCGCGCCAUAUGUUGAGCCAUAUGUCGUCGACGUGAAUCGUCGAUCAGUAACACCGAGCGUAACGCCGUAAAUCUGGUUCACGCGGUCGCGUCGCGUCGCGUUGAAUUCAAUCGAAGUGAUUUCACAACUUGUUCCAAUCGAAAACACUCGACCCAAAUUGCUCGCACUUUCUCACGCAAGGACCAAGAGCCAUCCCUCCCAUUUCAGUGAAGAAAUUAGGAAAUUCUCGCGGAGAAAGGAAAAGAAAAAGAGAGAGAGAGAGAGGAGAAAGCAAAAGAUCGUUCGAUCGGUGACCAGUGACAGUGCUCUCGAAUGUGUACAUGGACGAGGUCGCCACGAUGACCGUUCCACCGACACUGCCGGCGAAGACUCAGCCCCGGGACGCGAGUCAGGUUGCCCGACAGACUGUGUCAAUCCGGGCUGUUUCUAGUCCCCCCACGGCUCCUCUGAGCACAGGGGCCGGAGCAACGGUAUUUGUCGGACUGGCCGCUCCUGGCGUCGAUUCCGCGGCAACCUGUAGGAGAAGAAUCCCGGAAGUGCAGGCCGCGAACGGCUACGGCAAGCAGAGCAGCGUGAAGUCGGUUCAGACCGCGCAGAACGAGCAACAACUGCAGUACGGGCAACAGCAGCAUCAGCAGCAUCACCAUUGUAAUAAUAAUAAUAAUAAUAAUAAUAAUAAUUAUCGUCAUCAUUAUCAACAGCAACUGCACCAGCAAGCGGCGCACGUGGUAAAGAUCAAGAUCAACCCGGAUGGUGACAAGAACGGGAGGGUGAUAUCGACCGUACGAUUGACGUUGGACGAGAACGUCGGCCACGAAGCCAAGCAGGAGAACGGGAUCGCGUGCGAACGUUCGAGCAAGCGUGACGUCGGUGUGGUCGUGAGUGCGACGAAUCUGGUGAACGAGCAGCGUUGUGGAAGUGCCGGUGCCGGUGACGGCUGUGUCAGGAUCAGUGUUGGCUCGAACACUUUUGCACGCACCAGCAACGAGAGCAACGACGACAGCAAGGCCAGUCGAAACACAGUCGACGACCUCACCUCCGCCGCAGACAUGGUACACCGCGAUACCUCGGAGCCACUGAACACGUCCACUUCGAACAGUCGUUCGAGCGCUUGCUUCUACUACAACACCGGGUAUCCAGGCCAGUUGAACGGCAUGGUGAUGUCAAGCGGGCAGUGUUCGCCAAGCGACACGUUGGACAGCGGGACCUGCAGCGAUCUGGACGGCACGCCGCCGCCACUACCCAAGAAGAAGAACAACGCCAGCACGGUCAUCCUCGCGAGCGAUCAGCACAAUCGUACCGGCAGCCUCACCAGCAGCGGGGCGGAAGUCGACAGCGACGACAACGAGAGCAACAUCAGCUGCGACUCUCUGAACGGUGGCGAGUUGUUGAACGAUGUCAAUGGGAACGGGGUCGAGGCCGAUCGAACGUCCUCCUCCUUGGAGUAUCGACACGAACAACGCACGCCGGAGAAUCAUCGUCCGAAGAAUGGGAUCUCGGAUCGUCCGAGAUCGAGCGACACUGAAACCGUCGUGACUCUGAACAGACUGGACUCGUCGAACGAAGAACAAACGGAAGUUGAGUCGAACACUUCUCUCAGCGUCUCUCCCUCGCCGUCUGGCGCGUCAUCCUUGUCGAAAGCUUCCUCCACACCGAGGAUCAGGAGCCCGGAUCCAAACAUAGAGCAGAACGGCCGGCUGUCGUUGUCCUCGUCGUCGUCGUCGUCGUCGUCGUCGCCGGUGGUGAACGAGUGCACGUACGAGGAGAGGAAGCAAAAACAGGAGAGGCUGGAGCAGGAGUCGGUUGCCGGCGACGUGGACACCAGCGUGAAUCCAGUGACCGGGAAGAAGUACGUGUACGAGUACGACAGGUUCUACAAGUUUCACGUGAAUGAACUGAAGGGCAACAAUAAGGACGGCAGCAGAGGCGGAGGAGUGGUGUCCGGCGACAACGACACCGACGAAUGUUUCGCAGGCUACAAGAUCCUCGAGAAGGAAGCCAUACGUAGUGCCAAGGGAACUGUGCGCGGUGUGAAAAACAGGGUGCGCGCUGGGAUCGCCACGUUCCUUCAGAAACCAUCCUCUCAGGCGUACAUGAAGAAGGAAUUGGGCAAGGUGGUGGUGUACACGACGACCUCCGGCAUCGUGAGGAAAACGUUCUACAAUUGCAAGAAGGUGAAGCAGAUCCUGAGGACGCAUAUGGUCAAGUACGACGAGCUGGACCUGUUCGGGGACGCGGAACUGCAGACCGAGUUGAGAGAUCGUCUGGGCUCCACGGUGAUACAAUUGCCGCAGCUUUUCAUCGACGGGCAACACAUCGGAGGAUUCGACACCGUGGAACGACUGAACGAAUCUGGAGAGCUGAGGGACAUGCUCAAGCCGUACCAGAGCGAGGACGCGUGCACGGUGUGCCUGUUCUGCGGCGGUUACCAGUGGCAGCUGUGCCCGGUUUGCAACGGCAGCAAGAGGUCCGUCCAUCGCAACGACUUCACCGCGGAAUUCGUCGCUCUCAAGUGCGCGAAAUGCGACGUGAACGGCCUGAUUCGCUGCCCCCAUUGCUGAGAAAUCAGGAAGCGUGCUCGCACGUGCUCGCAACGACGUCGUGUCGUUCCCGAUAUCAGCUAUCCCUUCAUCCCCCUACUAAGACUAAGGUGCUACGAGAAGUAUAUUCCAUGUUAAACACGGUUAACGGAAAGGUUCUCGCUGUCGUGUCAGUCAAAGAACCAACAGAUCCACUAUGUAUAUCGCACCGAUCGUCCGUGCAGGCGCUGUCUCGGCUCGAAUUUUCUCCUCUUUCACUUCCGUUGGAAUUUCCAUUCAACGUUGGAGAUGAAUCACGGGGAAGUGCUAGCGAAAGUUGGAGAUAAAAACGGCGCCGGCACGCUCGGUCUCGAGCACGGAGCACGACUCGCGGACGCUGUAAAAUAUCGACUAAUAAAGCUUAUCUAAUGUUUUGUAACGUGCA